CUAGGGUUUCUUUCGUAUUUAACUUCCUUUUUCUCCUCUAAUGUCUCUCUUACCACAAUUUCGUGCAGCACCCGCCUCCACCCCCAGAGAACACAAGUAAACACAGAUCUUGGGAAAAAAUGGAGAGUGCUGUUGCGGUAGCCGGACAGGAGCCACAGGACAGGGUUCACAGUGAAGUUUUGCUUUUCAAUCGCUGGAGAUACGAUGAAGUUCAGAUCAGUGACAUUUCCGUUGAGGAUUACAUCACUGCAACUGCUGCCAAGCAUCCGACCUUCAUGCCUCACACUGCUGGCAGGUACCAAGCCAAGCGAUUCAGAAAGGCUCAGUGCCCAAUUGUUGAGAGGCUGACCAAUUCACUGAUGAUGCACGGUCGUAACAAUGGAAAGAAAUUGAUGGCUGUCCGUAUUAUUAAGCAUGCUAUGGAAAUUAUUCACUUGCUGACGGACCAGAACCCAAUUCAAGUUAUUGUUGAUGCUGUGAUCAACAGUGGACCAAGAGAAGAUGCAACCAGGAUUGGUUCUGCUGGUGUUGUGAGACGUCAAGCUGUUGAUAUAUCUCCUCUUCGCCGCGUUAAUCAAGCUGUAUAUCUUCUUACAACUGGUGCUAGGGAGAGUGCUUUCAGAAAUAUCAAAACCAUAGCAGAAUGCCUCGCUGAUGAACUCAUCAAUGCUGCCAAAGGGUCUUCUAACAGCUAUGCUAUCAAGAAGAAGGAUGAGAUCGAGAGGGUGGCCAAGGCCAAUCGUUGAGGGAGGAUUAUUAGGGAUUCAAGAGUUAUUUUCAAGACAGUUUUGGUUUCAAAACAAGCUCUUUCAGUAAUGCUAUGUUAUGUGAAGGGAUUGUUACUUCGUUUUCAUAUUGUUUAGCCGUACUUUAUUUAUGCAUAAUGGAUGUUUCGACGAUUUGUAUUUGCUGUGACGGCAGUUUUUGGUUAAAACAAUUUUAAGUUUAUCGUCCUUUCAA